CUCUUGUUGUUAGAGUUUGUGACCAGCAAACAACUACGCAGCAGACGACAUGGACGUGAUGACCUUUCACCUCAUUGUUACAGGUCUGCGACUGACAGGACCUCGCCGUACAGACAGUAACAUGGGGCGUGUAGAAGUGGAGAUUGGAAGUAAACAAUUUAGUACAGUGUGUGUAAACAACGAGAAAACUGCCGCAGUCAUCUGCAGACAACUCAAAUUAAGCACAUUAAGUGCUGUAAUGGUAGACGGUGGGUUGUUCGGACAAGACAAGAAACCUUUACUUCAAGCUACUUUUGCUUGUAAGGGAACAGAGAGAAGCCUGGAUGAGUGUGGGCGAAGUAACACUGCGAAGGACUGUUACUCUGAUGAUGUUGGCGUCUAUUGCAACACACAUAUACAUCUUUUAAUAGUUUCUCAUGAGGAAAGGUACCCAUUUAUAGAAGGAGGAAACAAAGUUCUGAUGUGCGUGACACCACCAAAGUAUCAACGGGUCGCUGAGUACUCAUGGGAACACACAGCUGGUGGUCGUCCUAAUCUGGAAUUUCUGAUGUUUGACAAUCUGACUAAAGAGUACAAUGGACGUCAAGUAGGCUGCAGCACACGCUAUCGUCAACGGAAUUCUAAUUAUGCACAUAAUAUAUGGAGUGAUUUUGAUAAGCUAAAGGUUUACUAUAAGCCGUUGAUUACAAUAACAUGGACUAACAACACUGGGGAACAACAGCCCUUGUCAAGUCUUUCUGAUUUAAAGCCUGGACACAACGUGACCCUGUGGUGUAAAGCUGACAGCAACCCUCCCCCCGCGUCCAUCACGUGGUCAGGAAGAGUGAACAGCACGACUGGGGAGUUACGGAUCCUAGCGGCAGACCACGUGACACACAGCGGUGUGUACACCUGUACCGUCGUCACUGAAACCGUUGAUGAUGACGACAGACUUCCGCUGACCUCAUCUUACCAGGUCAACCUCAGAGUUCAAGGUUGACAUUUACUUUCGUUGUUUAUUCUAAUAUUUAGUGCAAGCAUUAAGUUAAAUUGUUCUUAGUUGUACAAUAACUUGACAAGCAAACUUCAC